GACAGGAGGAUACAGAUGCUAAGCAGAUCACCUUGAUCAUGCAUAUUUCCAUCGAGGUUAGCACUACCACACACGGCCAACAGCUCUGUCAGCCUAUUGGAUCUAAAAGGGAAAUACCAAAAAACCUCUGAGUGUUUCUAAAAGUGGUCAUUCAACAAUACGUCUCAGCUCGUACAGCUUUCUCUCCCAGAACCAUGGGUGCGUAAAUCAGGACUGCAAAGACAUGACCCAAAAUACAACAAAUUUUCCCGAAAUCUUUAAAAAUUCACAAGAUGGUGCCGAAGUUUAUUCUGAUGCUCCUGCGCAGAUCAAGCGGUACUAUAGCUUGAUGGACGACGAAGGACCGGGUGACGUGUUCAUCCAGCCCCCUUCUCCUCCGCCCUGCAGGGCUGUUUUGUCACCAACAGAGGGAAGCACAAGCGCAACACCAGCAGAUUCUGGUGUGACCCUACCAACCCAAGCAGCUGACGCCACAAAAGCUAAUCCCUGCAGCUUAGACAGGCACCAUGGUGAGAAGCGGUUAAUGGCAGCACGGAACGAGCUGGAUGAAGAGAUAACUGGUACAAUGGAGCCGUCAAUGGAGCCUAUGGAUGACACAUUGCUUUCCAGUGACAGGAAUUAUCAAAACCAAAAAUCCAUGGAUGACUCAGCUUGUUUGGUGGAGCGAUGCCAUGACAAAACUGGAAAAGCAGAGAGGAGUAACGCAUCAGGGGAUGAAGAAUCAAAUGAGGAGCCUGAAGAUGGCCCAAAGCCAUGGGAAGAAGAAGGAGGAGGAGAAGAAGAAGAAAACUAUAAACAAAUAUAUUCAGACGUGGAUGAAAACCCGGGGGAUACGACUAAUCAGGAGAAAGAAUGUGACAAAAAGCACAAAGGUAUUUCUUGCCUUGAUGAGAGAGACUUGGAGUUAUCAAAGACAAUGUCUGAUCUCAAUAAAAUCAAUGAUUUCACAUCUUCAGAGCCAUCAGAAUUUACCAAUAAUGAAGCAGAAGAAAGAACCAAGAGCGGUAACAAUGAAGAGCAUGUCGGAACCAGAUCUUCGGACAACAUCCUCACAAGAUCUGAGCAAGAAUCUGAAGAAGAGCUUGAGCAGGUCGAUGAAAACCGGAGAAUAGUGUCUGAUAUCCAUCAGGGAGAGCAGCUGCUUCAGCGUCUGCAAAUGGUGCAGCUACGACAUGAUGACAUCCUAAAUACAGCCCAGGAGAUUAUCACAGUGGCAAAAGCUGAGGAAGAAGAUAGGUUUAGGUCUGAGGUUGACAACGGGGGAAUUAGAGAAAAGAGUGUAACAAGUGACGAAUAUGAAGAGGAGGAUGCAUCAAAGGAGAAGGAACAGAGGACAGAUGUGACAGAGAACAAAAACAAUGACAACAAUGGCACAGAAGCAAGGACCACCUUGUCAACAUCACCUGGAACGGCACAGCACAAGCAGAUCGACGCAAAAGAUGCAGAUGAGUCUUUGGACGAUUACAGUGAAAGCUUGCCAUCUUCAACUUUGCCACUUCACAACCCUCGCGAAAUGCCCGGUGAUAUACUGUUCAUUUCUGCCGGGCAUCGAUUUUCAGCUGCUGAAACGUCAAUGGAGAAACAGAUCCAGGAGGCGGCCCAGGCCAGGCAGAACCUGCAGAGGGCUGGGGGUGUUUUCAACCUUGCAGAUAAUCCGGAUGUGUUGGAGAUUCCAUUCAAGACAGAUGUUUCUCUUGAGUCACUCCUUACUAAGGCGUGUACCAUCCAGCAAAGCCAGUGGCAGUUUUCUGAAAAGAAGAUGCAGAAAGAGAUAAGCCAGGAAAUUCAAAGGGAGCUGGUGCUGGUCAACCAGGGUACGAUUCCUGGGGAGUACUGCAAAGGGGAAGCCCGUCAGCUGAAGGAGACAAAACUGCUGUUUGAGACUUUUCAGCAGGUUAACAUGGAGGGACCUACAAGGCUUAGGAAGCUCCCGACCACAGCAAUGAAGGGUCCCGUUUACCCCUCUGUUCUGGAGCGCACUCGAAGCCUUGAGAUGUUUUCCCUCAAGACCUGUCUUGUCUCAAGGGCCCACUCUUUGAGGCUAUGCAACUCUACAAACCUCGAAGGAGACAAAAGUCCAGAAACCCUCAGAUCGAAGAGCCCAACUGGGGGCUCUCGUGACAGAACACGCUUAUCUCCUUACUCGAAACACGACAAGCACCUACGGCUGCACAGGAGCAUGGACUCAAUAAACAGCGAAUCCUCCACUUCCGCUGCGGAGUCUAGGGUUAAAACAAAGGACAGGCAAGGAUCCCCCAUAUUGAGGCAAAACCCUUUCUUCAAGCUGCGCCCAGCCAUGGCCCUGCAGCCGGAGGUGGAGAAGGACAUUCGGGAGGCUAAGGAAAGAGAAGAAGAACUGCGCAGACAGCGGUGCACUUUGUAUGGGGAGGACAGACACAAAAAUGAAGAUGAAGAAAAGCAUCGGUGUACAAUGACGCUCAAAUCAGAUGUGAAGUCCAGGGGAAAGCUGGAGAGACUGUGGCCGCCUCUGUCUAAAACGGAUCAGAAGAAAUCUGGCGAGGUGCAGCAGGAGGCGAAGGUUCACAGAGCCGGAGGUCAGAAAGCUCCUCUGUGGCUUCUCUGGGAGUCCGGCCUGAUCAACGGCCAGCUGUCAGAGGAGAAGAAGUGAUGCCGGCCGCCUUAGCGGUGCAAGAACAGAAUCCCGAUCAGCAGCAGAACCGCCGUCUGAACACAAAACGGAUCAGGGAAACAUCAGAGCAACAGGAACCUUUGUGUUCGUUCCAACUUCACCACUUUCUGACUCUUCGGGCUCUGCCUAGUGUUUGCAUCAGAACAUGCUUUUGAUUUUUACUUUGAUAUAACGUAGUCUUAGAUGGCAAGUUAAGCAGAGCACAUGUUUAUUUAUUUUUUCAUACUUAUGUUUCUUCAUCAUCAUGUAUUUAUUCAGGACCAACAGAUAUUAUUUGAAAAAUCCUGUUGUUAUUUUUUUGUUGUUUUAGGGGGAGGUUCUUCACAACACAGCCAAUUAUAGAAGAACAUUUAAUUUUUUAUCGCUUAGGCUGUGUUGCAUUUACAGUGUUGGAAAAGUUUUGGUUCUAGUGAGUCUUAGAUUAAAUCUGGUCCCAUCAGGGAACAUCUGGAUUGUUUUCAGCUUAAAUUAAAUUGCUUUAUUAAAAUAAGUUUAUAU